UGGCAGUUCUGACGCGACCUGCGGAGGGCGGGCGGGCGGCACUCGGCGGCGGUGUCGAGCAGUGACCAGUGGCACGCCGCAGCUGUUGGAGUUUGACGUCUGUGGUGCGGUAGGGAGCGAGGGGAGGUGUUGGUGGAGUGGCGAGCUGGUGCUGGUGGUGAUUUCGGCUGGUGAUGAUGGUGAUGCCUGAUGGUGGGCUUCUGGUGGUGACCUGAGAGCGACCGGGUCUAUGACUGGUGGUGGCAAUUUCUGGCGAUUGUGCUAACUGCUAUUGUUCGUGAUUUCGCACUGCGAGUCUGUCUGGAACAGUAACGAGAGGACUUCAGUGCGCCGAAAGGUGGUCCCUUGACUCCGCUAAACGCUACUGAUCAGGACUGUGUCUAUGCUACCGCCUUGAGGUUCAAGGGUACAAAUGUCACCCAUCUCAGUUGGCCAGUUGUGAGACCAAGAGUGACUCCAAGAGCACGUCUGUGAUUGGCAUCUUGUGUGUACCUCAGUUAAUACGUUUUUGCCCCUUGAUGCUCAGUUGUAGUUGCAAAAAGCAGUGCUACUGCUGUGAAAAGAAAGCACAACUAGCGAAUGAUUUGGACAAUACUGCAGGCGGCAAGCUCUGAUUGACUUUGUCAAGAAACCAGGCAGAAAUACUCAUGACAGGUGGUGAUUUCGACCUGCGACUACCUCUGGACUUUCUGGAAAGUACCUCUGGGACUCAUGAGUGCUAGGUCGCCCCUUUUGGCACACACACAGCUGCUAACUCGAAGAACCAGCCGAGUGGUAAGCGAGUGUAAGCCAGUAUCGGAGAACCAGAGCUGGAUACCAUGGGCAAGUCUCGUCCCCGUGCCAGGAGGCGCAGAGGUCUGCUGACUUUCUGUGGAUGCUGCGUCGGCUGUGGACUGGACGAUGAGCUCGACAUCUCGCCCGAGACCGAAGAGGAUGAGUUCCGAAAACUGCCGACAGAUGGCACUCUGCCCGACUCCGAGUCUCAGGAACUUCGCCCGCCUCUCUACAAUGCCGAGGACUACAUCGUCGGUCUGCGGAAAUUCGGCAAGAAAGGUGGCACCAAGCUCUACAUUGAGGGAUCCGAAGUCAAAGAGAAAGAAGGAAAGAAGGAGAAGAAGAAGAAGGAUAACAAGUCUGAGCGCAGCAGCAAGCAGGAGAUGUCGAUGAGGCAGUUCUCCAACGUCUCGGAGCUGCUGAAGAAGCUGAAACAGGACCUGAAACUCUCCUUCCCGAGUUUCGUUCGUGAGUUCGUGGCGGAGCCUUACGAUGGCGUCACGGCGCUGUUGGACCUGCUCAAGAUGAUCCAGCUCUCACAGACCGAUUACGCAGCCUCGAUGAACGGCACUCUGCGCUCCAAGGAGCACCACAAUUUCUUCCGCCGUGCUCUGACGGACGAAUACGACUGUCUGCUGUGUCUGAAACACUGUCUGCGCUGUGAGGAGACAGCCGGCAAACUGGUGGGCUACUCCCACGGCCUCUACACUGUGGCAGUGUGCAUCAUGAGCAACUUCAGCAAGUCGAGAACACUGGCUCUGGAGCUGCUGACUGUGGCCUGUGAGACACCUCCACGCGGUCACGAGCAGGUACUGGAAGCAGCCUCCACUCUGAGACUGAGAUUCGGAGAGCCAGUCCGCUUCAAGUUUCUCAUCGGCAUGCUGACUUCGUUUGGAGUGGCUAGUUUUCAGGUGGCCUGUCUGCAGUUCCUGAACAAGCUGGCCGAGACGGCAGCGGACAGAAAGGAGCGUGUUCACCUGCAGGCCGAGAUUGAGGAAGCCGGCUUCGACGUCAACGUCAUCAAAAAGUUCCUGUCAUCAUCAAAUAACGAGCACGCGGCGAUCCGUGCCGAGCUGGAGAGGUGGCAGAGGCAGUACACGGACGUCGAGGAGCUGUACCAGCUGCUGCAGACUGAGCGGGAACAGUCGUCACGGCUCAGACAGCAGAAAGAUCAGCUGAAGGACGACAUCAAGCGCCACGAGAAUACCAUACAAACCCUACGACUGAACGAGGCGCGCUACCGGAGCCGUGUCGAAGAACUCGAAAAACAAAUCGACUUCUACAAAUCACAACUCCUUCUCACCAAGGAAGAAUGCGACUCGCUCAGCAAACGGCUCAGCCGAGAGAAUUCCCCGCAGACUGCAGCGCCGCCCGGCGGCCGGCCGCGGUACUCGAGCCUCUCGCCGCGGCCGGAAGAUGGCGCGCGGGUGGAGGUCAGCUCCACGGCGUCGGGUGUGUCGUCUCUCUCCUCUCUGUCUGCGUCAGUGCAGAGCGGGGGUAGUGACGUCACAGGAUCGCCGGCGAGUGUGAAGGAGGGGAAGGUGGAGGAGAAAGAGAAGGAGAGCAGUGAAGAGGAUAAUGAGAAACAGACGGUCUCCCGGUCGGCCGGUGACGACUUUGAAAAGGAGAAGAUCUGCGAAGAAACGAUCGAGGUCAAAAACGAUAUGAUUUUGUUCGACCCUCACCGCGGCUCGGACACACUGACCCUGCCGCGCCGCAAACCGCAGGAGGUGUACGAGAACAGAGCGUUCGAGGCGACACCUGGUGAGGAGACCCUGAAGCGGCGCUCCGAGGCGGCGGCCAUCCAGGAGGCGAUGGACCAGCUGACCAGCGUCAUACACAACGCUGAGUCCACGCUCAGCCUCACCUCGGGUCGGAGCAGCUCCUCGGCAGAGACCGUUCGCCCUCCCCCGGAGCCAGCGCCGGUGCCCACCUCUCCCGAGGAGCCCGUGGAGCAGGCCAUCGUGCCCCACCGCGUCCCACAGCCCCCUGCUCGGUUCGUUCGCUCCGUAUCGGCUGGCGCUGAGCAGCAGGCGGCGCUGUUCUUCCAGCCGGAGACAUCAGAGGGAAGCGAUACGACAGCGAGUUUUUAUGGGACAGCACGGCAUCAGGAGCAUAGAGCUUCCAGCGCACUGGACUCUGAGAGCGCCCGGAGCUUCCACUUCUCCCGGCCCCAGCUGCGCCGUCGGGAGACCUUCACCGACGAGUCGACCCGACCGGCCGCCGUGCGACGCGCUGGUAGCUUCCAGCUGGGAGAUCCACCGACCCUCCGCGUCUCGGGGGAGAGCGUCGAGCGACGUGCGAGUCGGCGAGGCGAGCCCGCCCCUUCCUCCUCCAGCCGCCGUCCGCCGCCGCGGUCUCGCUCCCGAGACGCUCUCGACGACCGGUUCUCUCGACGUGUCGAAGAGCCUCGCUGGCCUGCGGAGAGGUUCGAACGUUCCCCCAGUGGGGGAGGCGCAGAGAGGUACCAUCAAGCAGCUGAGAGGCGCAUGGAUCAGUGGAUCACGGAGAGGGGAGCUGCAGCGACUCGCCGCGGGAGAACUCCCGAAGAACCCCUCCCUGAUUCACCUCCAACCGAAUGUCCCCGACCCCAGGCGAGGGGGUUCCUGCGUAGAGGUCCUCGCAAUGCGGGGCUGUACUCGGAGAGACCGGUUCGUAUUCCUUCUCCGGACUACAGCAGUGGAAGCACGCUAUCCACCGUGGUGAGACUCAACAUCUCCAACAGGAUUAUGGACAUGCCGUCAGCAAUGUACUGAGAGGCCGGGGAGGGAGGGGACGGGAGGGGGAGAAGGUUUGGCACUGAGUGAGUGUGUGUACGUUCGACCCGCGGUGAAAUCUCAUGUGUGUUGGCAUAGUAUGAAGCUUCACAUGAGAGAUUUCGUGGGUCGAUUAUCUGCACGGUAAUUGGGAUGUUUGUACAGAGGGAAUCUCAUCGUUGGAUAUGGGGGUGCUUGUGUGCUGUCACUAUGCUGUCAUGUAGGUGUCAUCUCGCGGUUUUGUGGCAGUUGGGUCAGCUGACAGUUGACGGUGUUGAUAAACAUCGAUCUGACUGUCAUAAUUACUGCUGAUGACCAACAGCUGAUGAUACCUGGCUGACCCCAUUUGGUAAGAAGAGUAUUGAUUCGUGUCAGCAAUAGCCAAAGCCGUGUAUUUGCGUAUUGGUAACGAUGCUGACAAAGCUCGCCUCAUGUCUUAUGUUUAGUUUGUUAUUGAUAUGCGUUGUGUGCUUUUCGAUGAUGAAUCGGAAAUCUCGCGACUCGGUUCGCCCAGUCAAGCUGGUUUCCAGUGCGAUUUUCCGGACCCUCGUGUGUGAAUCGAGAUGAAGUUUUUCGUGUAAAUAGACUUGCGUGUUGACCCGUAACGUUCACCUGUGCACGCAAGACUGAUGUGUGGUGCACAGUGGUUUGAGAUGUGGAUUGAAACCAACAGAUGCACCCUUGACAAAUUCCAUGGAAGCCCGUUAACCUCUCACCCAGACUCUUUCUUUUAGAAAGAGCUGGUGUGCUUGUGGCCCAAAUUAGGCGUGUACCGCUGUGCGUUUUACCGUUGGAAAGUCGGAGUUCUGUGAGUUAUGUGAGGUGGUUUUGUAUCGCGGACAAUCGCGUGUUUAUGAAUAUGACGUCAUUGGAUUUACAGCCGCACUACCCGCUGUGGUUAUCGGUUGCUGGUUACCGACAUCGGAGCGCCCGUUUUUUUUAUAUAAGUCGCUGCUCGUCUCAUAAGGAUGCUCGUAUCAGAUGGCAAACUGUUAGAAAAAGCAAGCAAUGGAGUCGCGCUUCAUUCACAUAUUUAUUUUCUGCACACAGUUAAAUCAGCCUGUUGAAAUAGCGUGGUUAUGUGCGGAUUUGAGCCCGCGUUUUGUGCUGCUGCUUUGACCGAAGACAAAUUCGUAUAGAGCGCCUGCGGCGAAGUGGAUGAAUUGCUGGUGCGUGUUACAUUCUGUGAAUAAAGCAUUAGUCCCGAAAUAA